UUCAUUUACAUUUCCCUGGUGAUGAGUGAUGUGGAGAAUCUUUUCAUGUAGGUCAUCUUUGGAGAAGUGUCCGUUGCUCAUUUUUUAGGGUUGUUCAUUUUUCAUUGUUGAGUCUACACUUUGUGUUCAGGGAAACUGCAGCUCCUGUUCUCCUGCCACCGCCAAGGGGAACACCAGCUACUAGCUUGUGCUGAGCACUUAAUUGUCCUUGUACUCUGCUAAGCGUUUAUGUGGAUUUCCCCCCCUUUAAUCCUCACAGCAACAUUUUGAGGAAGAUACCGUGAUCAUCUCCAUUUUCCACGUGAAGAAUCCUGAAGCUUAGAGGCCUUGCUGUGGGGAUCACAGCUAAGAAUUAAUGAACCAGCAAGGUUGCCCCCUGACCUGACUCUCUCCCUAGAUAACCGUUCUGAUUUCCUAGCCCCACCCAAGGACCUGGCAUUGAAAUGUAUGGAAACAUCUGUAUGUUUGAAAGAAUAAAUGGUAUUUUGUUGGAAACCACCCAGACUUCAGGAACUCAGACCCCCUGGAAAACCAUAUUUACCUAGAUAUAAAGAAUCAGUACCUAAAAUCCCAAAGGUUUACGUCUGAAAGGAAAUGAGUUCUUUGGGUGAGCAUUCUCCAUUCUUUCUACGUUGGUUUUUAUCUGGUCUUGGGUUCACACAGUUGGGCCCAGGGCCAGAGCCACAACUUUGGGUUGGGGAGAAGUUGGCGGAACAUUCCCUAGCAGGGCUUGGGCAGGCCCAGGGAGUCCCGCCUAAAAUAGAGGGGACAAAGGAGCUCUUGUGCACAGGCCUGGGGGUGGGAGGCAUCUGGUCAGUGACACAGGCUUGGCCAUUGUAUGUCGUGACCUCGGCCAACUUUUUUUAGCUGAGAAAGGGGAAAACGAGAGUGCAAAAAACCAGCCUCCAGGAACUGUGCAGCUGGAAAGUCCAGAGUGCAUUGCUGAUUUCCCCACAAGAGCUGGAGCAGAUUUGGAAGGAACUGUGCAAUGUAGUGGGUUCUUUAUGAAAGGACUGCAGUGAGAAAAGCCACAGGAACAUCCUCUGGGGUGCCAGAGCCCUGACCCUGGGGCAGCUGCUUGCCUCAGCCUCACUUCCCGCAGAGGGUGCCAUGGAGGGGAAGCUGGCAGGGGCUUGUCUCUGAAGCUGGGGACUGCAGACAGGACCCAGGACUCUCCUCUGAGUUAGCAGCCCUCAAAGAAGAGCAGUUCUUUCUGAUGAAGCCUGGAAUGGUACCGCCUCCGCCGGGAGAGGAAGGCCAGACUGUCAUCCUCCCACCUGGCUGGCAAAGCUACUUGUCUCCACAGGGCCGGCGUUACUAUGUCAACACGACCACCAAUGAGACCACCUGGGAGCGCCCCAGCAGUUCUCCUGGGAUACCAGCCAGCCCCCGCCCUCACAGGAGCUCUCUGCCUCCAACAGUGAAUGGAUACCACGUGUCAGGGACCCCGGCACACCCUCCCGAGACAGCCCACAUGAGUGUCCGAAAAUCCACCGGCGAUUUCCAGAACCUGGGAUCCUCGUCACCAGGCAAAAAGCAGAGCAAGGAAAAUACCAUCACGAUAAACUGCGUGACAUUCCCUCACCCAGACACGAUGCCGGAACAGCAGCUGCUGAAACCUACUGAGUGGAGCUAUUGUGACUAUUUUUGGGCUGAUAAGAAAGACCCCCAAGGCAAUGGGACCGUAGCUGGGUUUGAACUGCUCCUUCAGAAGCAACUGAAAGGCAAACAAAUGCAGAAGGAAAUGUCAGAAUUCAUCCGGGAAAGGAUAAAGAUUGAAGAAGAAUAUGCGAAGAACUUAGCUAAGCUCUCUCAGAACUCAUUGGCUGCCCAGGAGGAGGGCUCCCUUGGAGAAGCAUGGGCCCAGGUGAAGAAGAGCCUUGCAGACGAGGCAGAAGUGCACCUCAAGUUCUCUGCCAAGCUUCACAGUGAGGUGGAGAAGCCCCUGAUGAACUUCCGUGAGAAUUUCAAGAAAGACAUGAAAAAGUGUGACCACCACAUCGCUGACCUCCGCAAGCAGCUGGCCAGCCGCUAUGCCGCAGUAGAGAAGGCCCGGAAAGCCCUCACGGAGCGGCAGAGAGACCUGGAGAUGAAGACCCAGCAGUUGGAGAUCAAGCUGAGCAACAAAACGGAGGAGGACAUCAAGAAGGCCCGGAGGAAGUCCACUCAGGCUGGAGAUGAUCUCAUGCGCUGUGUGGACCUCUACAACCAGGCCCAGUCCAAGUGGUUUGAAGAGAUGGUGACCACGACAUUGGAGCUGGAGCGGCUGGAGGUGGAGAGGGUGGAGAUGAUCCGGCAACAUCUGUGCCAGUACACACAGCUGCGGCACGAGACGGACAUGUUCAACCAAAGCACAGUCGAACCUGUGGACCAACUGCUUCGGAAAGUGGACCCAGCCAAAGACAGGGAGCUGUGGGUCAGAGAGCACAAGACAGGCAACAUCCGCCCUGUGGACAUGGAGAUCUAGCUGGGCAUGUGUGCCCGGGGGUCCUGCCGAGGACAGGCUGGGGGUCCCAGGGAGAGGAAGGGGCGGCUCCCACCGUGAUGCCGAGUGGAGCUGUCUUCACACGCACUCUCCUGGUCCACUGAGCUGGUGAUUCCAGAAGGGCGGCCUGCAUGGCCCUCUGGGAGCUCCCCAGUGUUCCCGACUAGGAAGACAGGUCCGCAGCCCUGCCCAUGUCUCUGAGGCCAAGGCCCCCAACUCCUGCGCUGUACUUGCCAUAAUGAGAACAGACUGAGGCUUGAACUUUGUAGUCCCUGCCGAGCACCGCAGGGGUCAUCUGCCCCCUGGAGCAGGCUGUGUCACGCUUGUGCGAAGCCCAUAGCCCUUCCUUCAGCUCUCCCUUUGUCUCCAGGGCUUCAAGGGUCAGGGGAAGGAGGUUUCUGUCUGCCAGCCAAUGUCAGGAUGAGAGUCGUGGAGAAAAGGCAGCCUUCUGCUCAACAGCCUGCACCCAGAAUCCUUUGCAGCCCUCCCUUUCUUCUUCCCAUUGCAUUCUGGGCUCCUGCGUCCUGGCCCUUCUCUGCUACUUUGCAUCAUCGGGUAUCUUGGGAGGAAGGCCUGUCUUCCCAGACUGACCCUGCCUGGGGAGGUCAGGAUGGAACUACCUCAUUCAGCAAAUUAGCCCCGAGUCGGAGCAUUGAAUUGUGUUACCUAUUCGACCAGGCAUCCUCUGUAACAUCUCCUCUCUGGAAAGCCCGAUCUACCCAACCCUCUGCUGCUUCCUCCCACCUCCGCCCCCUACCAGGCUCUUAGUGGGGAUGGGUCAGUCCCCUGUGGGAGACAGGUUGGGGCAAGUCUUUAUCAUUCCCCUAAAUGGCUCCACCUGCUGUUGUGUGUGUGUGUGUUGGGGGGUGGGGGGUGUUGGGACUGCUCUGUAUGGCGCUGUCUCAGCGGCGGGCACUGUAUAGGCAGCGUCCCACCGCCUUGGCCACUCGGCAACUCCGGCACGUUCCAGAGCCUGGCAUGGAGCCUGCUUGGUGCUGGUGCCACCUUCCCCUUUGCCCUCUUCGCCGUUCCUAGGAAGGCCUGGCCUGAGUGUGACUUGGGAAGCAUUUAGCCCUACCCCUGGGUCCUCACUCAUCACUUUGUCCCUUCAUACAACCAGAGCAGACACGUUCUCCACCUUUGUUAAAUCUUGAGAAUCAGCUCAAAGGGACUGAAGAAGAAAACGGCCCUGAAGGAGUUCAUGCAGCUCAUAAGGGGCAGAUUCUAGCUGGAACCCACACCCUGAGAACCCAUCUUUCUUAGUUAAUAUUUCCCAUUGAUUACUUUGGGUUUAUGGGACCCACACGUCUCCCACAAGGGCAUAAUUCUAAGAGCGCAGCCACUGGUCUUUCUCUCAUGCUGGGAACUGAUUAUUCAUCUUGAAUCUCUUGACCUUUCACUGAGUCAGAAUGGCUGUCAUAGUUUAUAGUAGAAAAAUGCUGAAUAUUCUAAAGCAAACCGAACGUUGUCACUUUUCUUACUGAAACACCCCACCCAAAAAGGUCAGCGUGAAGGCUCUUGGGAUGGAUCUGUCCCUGGCCUGGAGAACCAAUCCUUCUGGAACUAGGGUUAGGCUGUGAUACCAGCUACUGAUUUUAGGGUAUUACCUCUUGGCUUCUGUGGUAAAACUGGGCACUAGUAGUAGUUGCUUUGGGGCCUUAGUAUACUAACUUGUGGAUGAUUUUCAGACAUUGAGAGCCAACAGCCUUGUUACCAACACAGAUAUUCUGAGUGUGGUGUGGCUCAUGGAGUCUGUUCCCUUACCUCCACCUGAGGAUUCCAGUCACCUGCUCCUCCCUGGGACAGAGGGAGCUCUCUUGCCUCUUCCAGAGUAGCCCAAGUUGGACCAGUGUGAACAAGUCUGUUUUCUGAAGUCAUUCUUGCUCCCCCUCAGACCUUCACCUCAGUCUCAUUCACCUCUUCACCUGCUUUUUUUCUCUUCCUUUAUUCAUUCAUCAAGCAUUUAGCUAAGGCCGAGCGAUGCGCUAAGAUCUGGGAACAAGAUGAGGCCCUGUCAUCAGGGAAGCCCAUGGUCUCUUAUUUUGUUUCUGCCAGGGGUCUUUCAGGUCGGUAACCUUGGCGUUCACCUACAGGUACUCUGCAGGAUUUAUGUUUUCAGAGAUACUGUGUGUUGUGCUGAUGUGCAUUCAAUCAUUCACUCAUUCGUUUGCUUAUUCAGCAGAUACGUGGGAUAAGCCAGGCAUAUAUAGCUGCAUAUGAGACAGGCAAUCUCCCGGGGCCCCACUAUUCUCCAUGUAGACGGGGAUGUUUAGACUUUCCUGGAGAGCGAGGAUAUUGCACCCCUUGCACAUGUCACCCACUGGGAGCCUGUAAUGACAAUUUAAAUGGCCUUGUGGCAUUUACCCACUGGAUGGAAGGUAAGACAGCAAGAGUUUAAUCACCCGAUUGCUAAACCCUCACAGCCUGCAUCCAACUCUAAAUAACUCUCCUUGCUUUAUAAAGAGGAAGAGUGAAGCCCAAGGGUGGCCAGUGAGUGCUGUGGAAUGAACACCCUGAAUGGGGUGCAGGGCUGGAGUGGAGAGUCCAGGCCUCCUGUUCUUAUUAAUGGCUCCCCUUCUGGGUGAAAUCAAGAUAAAGAUGAAUAUCUAAAAGUGUACUUCAGAUCUGCCCUCGACCCAGGUUGUUGUUUUUUUUCUUUAGAUUUUGAUGUUUGUAAGAGAAUUUGGCUGGAUUUACUCAGAGUGAGGCUAGGUGAUUCUUGGGCACAUGCAGUGGCUGUUUCUGAAAACAGGUGAGCCCUUUCCACCAGCUGCCUCUACCUGGAAGACAUGGGUGCACUUAAUUUUGUCUGUGAAAACCUGUUUUUUUUGAAUAUUAGCUGUAAGAUGAAUAGUGUUCAUAGUGGGUUGGUAGCCAUGACAACCUGCAGGGAAAGCCUCUUAUUCCUCUCCAUUUUUUUCGAUUGCUUUUCAUCAGCGUUGCAAAGCGCUGGCCAUCUGAGCCGUAGGGACAGCUGUGCUGAGGUUUUGCUGUGGCCACCUUGGGCCUCCUGACUACGUCCACCCAGUGCCUGUUGGCUGGGGGAGGAUUUCUGCCAGGGGAGGCACUUCUCAUCAGGGCUGGUUAAUGAGUGAAGCCAACAGAAAGAGUGCCUACAUUCAUGAACCAGGGGUUUGUUUCUAUUCCCUUUGUGAAAACCAAUCAAUUAUUAGAUUAGUGGAUGGGUGCAUAAAAUUCUUGGCUGAGCCCAAGUUCCUUCUUGGAAAAGCCAUAAAAUUCAAAGGACGUCAAAGACCUUGGCUUGUUUAAGUGCUUUUACUUCCAGCUGUGAGUGGCCUUGACAAGGAGAGUUUAAACAGGAUUCUGCAAACCUGCUGGCUAUUAUGUAGGUAUGGAAAGCUCUUCACGAAUGUUAAGUGGGGCACCCUUCACAGCCUGCUUACUUAGCACACCAUCCAAUUCCCAUAAUCCUUCCCACCCCUACAAGCUGAUUGCCUCCCCCCCACCCCAGGUUUAUUGAAGUAUUUGACAUACAGUACUGGGGGUUAUCGACAAACAGUAAAAUUUACCCUUUCAAGUAUAUGGCUUAGUGAAUUUUGAUGAACAUGUAACCACCAAAGUCGACAUAAUAUUUCCAUCUCUCCAGAACAUUCCCUCAGGCUACACUGUAGUCAAUCCGCUCCUCCCAUCCCCAGCCCCUGGCAACCACUGAUUGUUCUCUGCCCCCAUUGUUUUUGCCUUUUCUAGAAUGUCAUAUAAAUGGGCUCACAACGGUGUAGUCUUUGAGUCUGGCUUCUCUCGGCUUGCUGCUUUUGAGUCACCCAUGUUGUGUGUGUCAGUAGCUCAGUCCCUCGCAUUGCCAAGAGGGCCCCAUUGCAUGGGUGUAUCCCGCUGCUUCCUUGCUUUUAAAGUGAGCAGUUUGCUCCGGAAGUUCCUGACCCGGGGUCGUUAGCUUUUUUGUACAGCUAUUUCCAGCCUGCUGCUGCUUUCAGCUCCCAAGCUGCCGCCUCCAAAUGCCAGCUGUGCCCACGAGUGGGUCUUGGGCUCACACUUGCCUUUUUUGGUCCAUUUUAGGGUUUUGGCAAUGCAGAGAGCUGCCAGGGAUUGUGGGGAGGGACAAGUGGGGUCUCAGUUGCCUCCCACUUCUGUGCCCUGAUGCCUGAAGCUUGUGUCUGACCAGCCGGCACUGCCUCCUGGGGGCCUUCACUUCAAUGUGGAAGGGCUUUGGCACUUAUCGAGCAUUAGUGGGUGUGGAAGGUGGGUGGGUCUAGUGUGGAUGAGAAAGCAGGGGGCUGGCCGUGGGCUCAUUACCACCCUUUCUUAGUUCUCUGCUGCUUCAUCUGCAAACGUAAAGUAUUUGUUCUAGGUGGUCGCUUGGGCCUCCUCCAGCUACUCCAUUUACUCCCCAUCUCAUUUCCAGUUUUGUGCCCUAUGCACACAGUCAUGCCUAAUCUGGGUCCCAUCAGCACAGUAGGGCAUGGUAUAGUCUAGUGUCCUCAGGAGAGGGAUACCCUGGUACUUCUCUGCUUAGAUGCAAAUGGAGCUCUUACUAUGAGUCUCAGAGCUGAGCUGCCGAGAGGAGGAGGUAGUUCCUCCCAGGACCCCUAAAGCAAGCAUAACAGUUGUUAUCCUUUGGGUCUUGUCCAUGGAUCUUUGAAGUCCACUUCCAAGGAUCCCCGAUAGGCACGGAGUCAGAGCCGCCUGCAUUGCUGGCGCCUGGCUGUGCUGGAGGUCAGGAAUUUUCUAACAGAAUAAACUUGCUUAUUUGGUCACACCAAGCCCGGCUUCUCCCUGCCUGCACCCCGCUGUGCGGGGCUGGUGGUAGCAGAGAGAGGACCAACCUCAAGCAGGGCAGGCUGGGCAUGAUCCCGAGGUAAGGACCAUGUGUGAUCGUGCCCUGCUCUGUGACAGGUGAGCCCUGGAAGGCAGCUAGGUACCUCUCCAGGUGGGCCCGAUGCGCGCUCAUGUCCACAGAAUCCCACACCACCAGGGUGGCUCUGGGCUGGGUUUUCCCAGGAAGGACUCUGUGUCCCCAACCCCCAUGGAAGUGUUAUUUCUGUUGGGCCUUUGCUGAACAUGAGGGACCCAACUCCUGUUGCAGUAGCUUUGGGUUAGAAGGUGGGCAACAGAAACCAGUGUUCCAUGUUCUGUAACCCUUGAUUCUGGGGUGUGGCUCCAUCCCAAGCCUUUGCUGGGCGAUGCCUCUGAGGGAGAGGGGUUGUGAGGACCUUUGGAUUUUUCCGUGCACUGUUCGGGGGACACUGACCCUUUCUGCUUGAGGGGAAUUCCUAAUGGGAUUGCAAUGGUGGAAUGCAAGGGGUCCGGGCACAUGGGUGCUCUAAUGGGGAUGAUGUGACAUGGGGACAGGGAGGGAAAGCAUAUGGUUCCAGGGCAGAGCACUGGACUGGCCCUGCUCUGCUGUCUCAUUUGUCCCAUAACCUCAAGUUGUCACAACCCCUCCCAGGACCCCUGUGUACUCACCUGUCAAGUGGGGACGUUCCCCUUCCAGCAUCACAUAGAGACUGGUUCUCAGGAGCUGUGGCAUCCAUGCAGCCCUGUGGACCCAGGGACAGACAUUCAAAGGGACAUCAGCUAUCCUUGGUGAAGGAGGCCCCAAACUUGCAUCUCUUUCCUUCCCUUAGGGAGGAGAUGGCGGUAGGGUUGGGGGCAGCCCUUUCACAGACAUGAGCACAUCAGCAAACCCUAUGGAAGUGGAAUUUUCUAACAGAAUAAACUUGCUUAUUUGGUCUGUUUUCUGUAACUUUUGCUAAAUACUUUAUACAUUUUUAAUGUUAAAAAGCUGUGUCUCCUGCCAGCAUUCCUCAUCCCAGUAUGAAUGUGUUUACUCCACAUUGUAUAUCCUUCCAUCCUCUGGCUGCCUAGAUCAGUAAAUAAAAUUGAUGUAUUAUAAUUUAUAAGUAACACUGUUGAAACUCUGAUCCCUCUGGGGGCUGUAAUCUGCCCUUCCCUACCCCCCUGUAAUAGCGUUUGUGUGUAUUAAUGCUGAAGAAUUAAAUGUUUAAAGGGUUUAAAUUUUGAAGGCGUUUGCUAUAUAUAAUUGUUCUGCAUUAUUAUAAAGCGUUUUCAGGAAGUUAAA